CGUGGAUAAGCACCAAUGCUACACAAGCCCUGAAGUUCACGUUCAUAAACCUGCUGCCAGAAGUCCAACUGCAAGCUACUUGUACGGAUAGCUGCUUCCCGUGCUUGGACACUUUAACGGGAGUGACUUAGCAUUCUAAGUAGAAAAGGGUUGUCCGGAGGCAUCAUGUUGCUGCACAGGUUAUCGGAGUGUUCCAGGGUCACGCUACGCACAUGGAACUCACACAUGGCCACCAGGGCCGCCUCACAAGGAAAGAAUGCCCGUCUAAUGUGCCCCGGCAUGCCCGUGCGUCGCCACUGGAGUAACGUGCCUUUUCUUACAGUGCCGCUGGCGCGCGCCCACGGCAAGUCGUUUGCGCACCGCAGCGAGCUGCGGCAGGCCAAGCGCGUGGUGGUCAAGCUGGGCAGCGCCGUGGUCACGCGCGGGGAUGAGUGCGGACUGGCCCUGGGCCGCCUGGCAUCCAUCGUGGAACAGGUGGCGAUGUUACAGAACCAGGGUCGCGAGAUGAUGAUCGUGACGAGUGGCGCAGUGGCGUUUGGUAAGCAGCGCCUUCGUCACGAGAUCCUGCUCUCCCAGAGCGUCCGACAGGCCCUUCACUCCGGACAGAACGCCCUCAAGGACAUGUCUCUGCCAGUCCUGGAGGCUCGCGCCUGUGCUGCCGCUGGCCAGAGUGGACUGAUGGCCCUCUAUGAAGCCAUGUUCACACAGUACAGCACCUGCACUGCACAGAUCCUGGUGACCAACCUGGACUUCCACGACGAGCAGAAGCGCCGCAACCUGAACAGCACGCUGCACGAGCUGCUGCGCAUGAACAUCGUGCCCAUCAUCAACACCAACGACGCCGUGGUGCCCCCGCCCGAGCCCAACAGCGACCUGCAGGGGGUAAACGUGAUUAGCAUCAAGGACAAUGACAGCCUGGCAGCCCGGCUGGCCGUGGAGAUGAGGGCCGACCUGCUCAUCGCUCUGUCUGACGUGGAAGGUCUGUAUGACAGCCCCCCUGGUACGGACGACGCCAAGCUGCUGGACACUUUCUACCCUGGAGACCAGCAGUCCAUUACCUACGGCACCAAGUCCAGAGUAGGCAUCGGGGGCAUGGAGGCCAAGGUGAAAGCGGCCCUGUGGGCGCUGCAGGGUGGUACGUCGGUGGUCAUCGCCAAUGGAACGUCCCCAAAGGUCACAGGGCACGUGAUCACGGACAUCGUGGAGGGCAAGAAGGUCGGCACCUUCUUCUCAGAGGUCAAGCCGGCUGGUCCCACUGUGGAGCAGCAGACAGAGAUGGCUCGCACUGCCGGGAGAACUUUGGCAGCCCUGGACCCCGACCAGAGAAGUGAAAUCAUCUGUGCCUUUGCCGACCUCCUGACAGAGAAGAGAGAAGACAUACUAGCAGCUAAUAAGAAGGACAUGGAACUGGCCGUCAAUGCAGGUCGUCUGUCUCCCCCCAUGCUGAAGCGUCUGAGUUUGUCGUCUGCCAAGUUGAACAGCUUGGCCAUCGGCCUGCGUCAGAUCGCAGUGUCGUCUCAGGACAGCGUGGGUCGCGUGCUGCGCCGCACCCGGGUGGCCAACAACCUGGAACUGGAGCAGAUCACCGUGCCCAUUGGAGUCCUGCUGGUCAUCUUCGAGUCACGCCCAGACUGCCUACCACAGGUGUCUGCUCUGGCCAUCGCCAGUGGCAACGCUCUGCUGCUAAAAGGAGGGAAGGAGGCCACACACACGAACCGCAUCCUACACGAGAUCGCCCAGGAAGCACUGGCCGUACACGGAGUCAAGGACGCCAUCCAACUGGUGAGCACGCGUGAGGAGGUGGAGGAUCUGUGUCGCCUGGAGAAGAUGAUUGACCUGAUCAUCCCGCGCGGCUCCUCAACGCUGGUGCGCGACAUCCAGCGCGCCGCCAAGGGCAUCCCCGUGCUCGGACACAGCGAGGGCAUCUGCCACGUCUACAUCGACGCUGAGGCCAGCAUCGACAAUGUCAUCAAGAUUGUGCGGGACUCCAAGUGCGACUACCCGGCGGCGUGCAACGCCAUGGAAACGCUACUGGUGCACAGAGACGUGCUACGGACACCACUCUUCGACCAGAUCAUCGACAUGCUGCGCACAGAACGGGUGAAGAUCCAUGCGGGACCCCGGUUUGCGUCCUAUUUGACCUUCAGCCCCUCGGAGGUCAAGUCUCUGCGUACGGAGUACGGUGACCUGGAAUGCUGCAUUGAGGUGGUGGACAGCAUGCAGGAGGCAAUAGACCACAUCCACAAAUACGGCAGCUCACACACAGACGUCAUCGUCACAGACAAUGAGGAAACAGCAGAGCAGUUCCUGCAGCAGGUGGAUAGCGCGUGUGUCUUCUGGAAUGCCAGCUCCCGCUUUGCAGAUGGUUACCGCUUCGGCCUUGGUGCGGAGGUGGGCAUCAGCACGGCGCGUAUCCAUGCGCGGGGGCCCGUGGGCCUGGAGGGCCUGCUGACCACCAAGUGGGUGCUGCGGGGGGAGGGCCACACAGCGGCCGACUUCUCGGAACAGGGCAGCAUGAAGUACCUCCACGAGAACCUCCCGGUGCCUCAGCCCCUCCUCCGCAACACCAACUAGAGAACCUUUCCAACAUGACGACCAGUGAUGGACAAAAUUGAUUCAUUAGUUACAAUCUAGGGUCAUAUAUUUCAAAUUACCUUGUUUUACCUGUCCGAUUAAACCAGGUGAUUAUUUAAUUGGACAGAUAAAACCAAGUCGUAUUUGGAAUAUGUGGAACUGGAUUGUUUUUGCCCACACAUUUUGCCCAUCAUUGAAAACGACCUUACCGACCUCAUGGGACUCCCAAUGAACCACGCAGACCACGACGGACCCAAGAACACAGAAUAUUUACGACACAGACUCGAAACGGUGGCAAACAGUAGAUCUACAACACAGAUCACAAUGGAACUAUGAAAGCUUUAUUUAGAAUAUGAAGACGUGGCUUAAUGAAUAUGUAUGACACAGACCACAAUGGAACUAUGAAUAGUUUAUCCAGGACUCGAACAGUGGCAAAUAGGAUGUCAAGAUUCCACAGAAUGGAUCCCUACUACAACAUGAACGUUGUCAACCCCAGGACUACAGUACUUGUAGACCUCUCCCCACAAGACAAAAAGCUCACAGGCUACAGAAUGGACCAUACCUUCAGUGCUGGUGUUUUGGUGCUAUCGUGGCACAUGGGAUAUAGCACAGGACUUUAAAGCAUUCAUUUUCACAUACGAUGGCUGGAUACUCAUCACUCUCAUCAGGAAGAGUGUCUUUUUUUUGUAUUUGUACUACUCAGUUGUUGAAAAGUAUGUUUGUUAAUAUGAGUAUUACAUAAUACUCAAAGUGUAAAUGUGUUGGCACCAUGAAUCUUCUAAUACGGAACUCAGUUGUUCUGUGUCCAAGCUUAAUAAGGGCACACUUAUUUCAGCUGUUGUGAUUGACACGGUUAUAUCCGUUGCAUUGCACAAUUCUAUUGCCCCAAGGUUAGGGUGCUGCCCUGACCCAACCCCAGUGUCUACCCCCCCAGGGCCAUGGCUCAGUAAGCUAGGCCAUGGGGGAUAAAGCUAUGUCUCUGCCCCAACCGCACUUCUCAGACGCACACAGAAAUGACUAUAACUGCCUGAAGCACACUACAGUGUGUGAUUUUCUGAGUCGGUUUUUAAUUUAACAGGAGAAAUCCUUACUUUGCUCUUGCCAGACCUAUCUGGUUCUUAUCCGCUUCGCAAGCUACUCUUGGCAGAACCACAUUUAUCUGGCGAGAGCCGCGUUCGAGAAAUCCAGAUUUAAAGGAGAAAUCUGGUGAGAUUAGACACAUAUCCAUGAUGAGGCACAGAGGACUGAAGGGACAGGAACAGAAUUGGAACAUUCCAUGUAACAUGGAGAGAAUAAUGAACUAAAGUAAGAGUGCAGCACAACCUGGAUGGGACAUACUAAACAACUAGAGUGCAGCAGCUGAAAAGGUGGACCAGAACUUCCAGGUGUUUCAGAUCUUGCGUAAUAAUAAAUCUCAUUUUUUGGAAGAUGUGGGGAAAAGUUGAGUUUUCAGGUCUCAGGUCAGACCUCAGGUCUCCAAUGUUGCUUUAAGGACUAGACGUUAAGGACUUGUCUUGCUAGCUGCCCCCCACACCAGACACAGGUUAUGAUGGAUCUGUUUUUUAUUAUUAUUUCUUUUCUGUCCGAGUUUUCUUAUUCAGUUGUUUUUAAGAUAUUUCUGACUUCCUUUGCUGUUACUUUGACCAACUAUCUGUGUUUGGUCGUCUGAGGAGGACAGUACACCAAUGUACAUUUCUCUGAGCUGGACUCUCAGAUGGCCCAACAGGAGUCAACGUGAUUCAUGGCUCAAGACUUGUGCAUAUCUCCUUAGGACGUGUCUGUUAUCCAGGUGAAGACCUACCAUACGACACUCCUUUGUUCUCUUCUGCUCCUAGCGGCUUCUACCUGUAUGCUCUCGGCUGGCCAAACUGUUUCUCUGCGUCUGCUGCCGACCAAAUGUUUUUUUUAAGAAAACUCCCUGGCCAGGGAGUGAUUGUUACCAGAAUCAGCUAUGCCCGGUCAGGGGAAGCCUGGUAACCUGGUGUUCCUGGGUCAGAGAGUAGUGAUAUCUAGAACCAGUUAUGCCCAGGUCGGGGUAGUAGGCCUAGUGAUUAUUAGAAGCAUUCAUGCCCGGUUCAGGGAUUAAUGAUGGCCAGAACCAGUCGUGCCCGGGUGAGGAGAGAAGUCCUAGUGAAUACCAGAACCAGUUGUGCUCUGUUCAGGGGACGUCAGGGCAAUUACAUGUGCCUAGAGCUGCAGAUAGAAUGGAAUUGUAAAUGGACUGCAUUUAUAUAGCGCUUUUCCACUCCUUAAAGUUAUCUUAAAAUGUGGAUUACAUGUAUGGUUUACAUUUACCCAUUCAGACAGCAGCAGCCAUCCUGCUACAGGAACAGAGACAUUCCAGACUGACCUUUGUGCAGGAGGCAUCCGAUCCUUCUGGAUAUGCAGUUUAAUGUUUUCAGUUUCUUGUUUAAUAAAUGUUUUUAUUUGCUGAAAACAGUCAUUUGACUUUGUCUUUCAAAAUAUUGUUGUUAGUAUACAUUUUAAGUAAUUUGGGGGCUUAACAGCAAGGACUUUUUUUGAGAAUACUGUAUGUCUCUGAGUGUGUUUCUGAGACCGCAUAAAACUCAGAGUAAUGAUGAACUGUACUUUCUUGGUGCUUUCAAAAAAAAAAUACUAGUUCAGCUCACUC